UGGAAAAUGGAGAACAAGGUUAGGAGAUACAAUACAGCGAUUGCUGUUAGAGAGCACCAGAUAUUGAAGUUAAAAGGCCCUUUAUCGUUAAUGAAGAAGUUUCUUAAAGUCGUAAAGUCAAAAUCAAGUGACACAGAGAGGUUGCAAAAGCUGCAAAAUGGAGAGCAUUUCUUUAUUAAAUCUAAAAAUAAGCUCAAAGUUCUUGAAAAGAAAAAGAAUGACAUACUAGAAGAGCAUGAUGCUUUAAGAGAGGAAAAGAGAGUCUUAGAGGAUCAGAUAAAAAAAUUUAAAUAGAAAAACCAGAGAAGUUGAAGAAAUGAUCCAAUCAGCCAUCUGUUUAAGGUCGAUGAAAGUCAGCCUCUACACUAGUAAUCUGAGCAAUAACCAGAAAAUAAGUCUCAAAACUAAAAUAAACUCUAUGCAAAGCCAGCUAAACUCUCAUACUCUUCAAGUUGAAGAAGUAAAUCCUCGCCUUAAACUGAGAAGGAGCAAAAAUAAAAAGACAAUAUCUUAGAUCUUGCUAUAA